AUGGCGUCGACCUUUGAGGGUCAACACGUCCUCACUCCAGAGGACGAGGAGAAGCUCAAUGAGAAGGCACGAAGAUGGCAUCAGAUGCAGUCCAAACGUUAUGCUGAAAAGCGUAAAUUUGGAUUCGUCGAUGCUCAAAAAGAGGACAUGCCUCCAGAGCAUGUUCGUAAAAUCAUCAAAGAUCAUGGAGACAUGACCUCGCGAAAAUACCGUCACGAUAAGCGAGUCUACCUUGGUGCUUUGAAAUACAUGCCUCAUGCGUUGAUGAAGCUCUUGGAGAACAUGCCUAUGCCUUGGGAGCAGAUCCGAGACGUGGAUGUCAUUUAUCACAUCACCGGAGCGAUUACUUUCUGUAACGAAAUUCCAUACGUUAUCGAACCGAUUUACAUCGCUCAGUGGGGAACAAUGUGGAUCAUGAUGCGAAGAGAAAAGCGUGAUCGUCGUCAUUUCAAGCGAAUGCGUUUCCCACCCUUUGACGACGAAGAACCGCCACUCGAUUACGGAGACAACGUUCUGGACGUAGAGCCUCUUGAGGCUAUCCAAAUGGAACUCGACCCAGAAGAAGAUGCCGCCAUUUACGACUGGUUCUACGACCACAAAGGAACAGUUUCAUACAGUCAAAGCUAUCCCCGGUGGCCCAAAGUUCGAACCUUUGGUCAAGGAGAACCCCUCCAAGAUGAGGACUGGAACGAGUUCAACGAUAUCAACAAGAUCAUCAUCCGACAGCCGAUCCGAACCGAGUAUCGCAUCGCCUUCCCAUAUCUCUACAACUCGCUCCCUCACCACGUCCAUCUCACAUGGUACCACAACCCAAGUGUUUUGUACAUCAAGGCGGAAGAUCCUGACCUUCCAGCUUUCUAUUUCGACCCGUUGAUCAACCCGAUCACUUCUCGAGCUCAGAAAAACUUCAAGAUUGAAGAAGAGGAGAUCACAACAGACGAAGACUUCCUCGAUGACUUCGAACUGCCAGAAGGAGUCGCUCCUAUUCUCGAAGAGACGCAGCUAUACACGGACAACACCGCCAACGGUAUCGGUCUUCUUUGGGCUCCUCGACCUUACUGCCUCCGCUCGGAUCGAACAAAGCGAGCAGAGGAUGUUCCACUCGUCAAAGGCUGGUACAAAGAACAUUGCCCAGCUGGAAUGCCUGUCAAGGUGCGAGUCUCCUAUCAGAAGCUCUUGAAAUACUACGUCCUCAACGCGCUCAAGCGACGACCACCAAAGCCACAGAGAAAACGAUACUUGUUCCGAUCGUUCAAAGCAACGAAGUUCUUCCAAGCUACGCAGCUCGAUUGGGUUGAGGCUGCUCUUCAAGUCUGUCGCCAGGGUUAUAACAUGCUGAACUUGUUGAUUCAUCGUAAAAACUUGAAUUAUCUCCAUCUCGAUUACAACUUCAACCUGAAGCCUGUGAAAACCUUGACAACCAAAGAGCGAAAGAAAUCUCGAUUCGGUAACGCCUUCCAUCUUUGCCGAGAAGUUUUGCGAAUGAUGAAGAUCGUCACUGACUCCCACGUCCAGUAUCGACUCGGAAACCUCGACGCCUUCCAGCUUGCUGAUGGCCUACAUUACAUCUUCUGCCAUCUUGGUCAACUUACCGGUAUGUACCGAUACAAGUACAAAUUGAUGAAGCAGAUUCGAAUGUGCAAGGAUCUCAAGCACGUCAUUUACUACCGAUUCAACACCGGUCCAGUCGGUAAGGGCCCUGGUUGCGGUAUUUGGGGACCUGCCUGGCGAACUUGGGUGUUUUUCAUGCGAGGUGUGACCCCACUUCUUGAGCGAUGGCUUGGAAACUUGCUCGCGCGUCAGUUCGAAGGUCGACAUACCAAGGGUGUUGCCAAGACCGUCACCAAACAGCGAGUCGAGUCUCACUUCGAUCUCGAACUUCGAGCCUCCGUCAUGCACGAUAUUCUCGAUAUGAUGCCAGAAGGAAUCAAACAAACAAAAGCUCGAACCAUUCUUCAGCAUUUGUCAGAAGCCUGGCGAUGCUGGAAAUCGAAUGUUCCAUGGAAGGUGCCGGGAUUGCCAACUCCAGUUGAAAACAUGAUCCUUCGAUACGUCAAGUCAAAGGCUGAUUGGUGGACAAAUACUGCGCAUUACAACCGAGAGCGUAUCCGACGAGGUGCUACUGUGGACAAAACUGUUUGCAAGAAAAAUCUUGGUCGACUUACUCGUCUCCACUUGAAAGCCGAGCAGGAGCGUCAGCACAAUUACCUGAAGGACGGUCCUUACAUCACCCCAGAAGAAUCCGUGGCCAUUUACACCACUACUGUUCACUGGCUUGAGUCCCGACGAUUCGCGCCAAUUCCCUUCCCACCACUCAACUACAAGCACGAUACGAAGCUGCUCAUCCUUGCUCUUGAACGAUUGAAGGAGGCAUAUUCGGUCAAAAAUCGUCUCAAUCAGUCUCAGAGAGAAGAACUCGGUCUGAUUGAACAGGCGUACGACAAUCCUCACGAAGCUCUUUCGCGUAUCAAACGUCACCUGCUCACUUCUCGAGUUUUCAAAGAAGUCGGAAUCGAGUUUAUGGAUUUGUACACCCAUGUCAUCCCAGUCAACGACGUCGAGCCAUUGGAAAAGAUCACGGACGCAUAUCUCGAUCAGUACCUUUGGUACGAAGCUGAUAAGCGACGACUUUUCCCGUCUUGGAUUAAACCUGCUGAUACUGAACCGCCACCACUGCUUGUCUACAAAUGGUGCCAAGGUAUCAACAACCUCCAGGAAGUUUGGGAAACUGGUGAGGGCGAGUGCAACGUUCUCAUUCAAACCAAGUUCGACAAGAUGUACGAGAAGAUCGAUAUGCUCUUGUUGAAUCGACUUCUUCGAUUGAUUGUUGAUCACAACAUCGCUGACUACAUCACCUCCAAGAAUAACGUCAAGCUGACUUACAAGGAUAUGAACCACACCAACCACUACGGUAUUCUCCGUGGUCUCCAGUUCUCUUCCUUCGUCGUUCAGUACUACGGACUCGUGCUUGAUCUCCUCGUUCUUGGUCUCAACCGAGCUAGUGAGAUGGCUGGUCCUCCAAGCAUGCCAAACGAUUUCCUCUGUUUCCAAGAUAUGGCCACAGAAUCUGCUCAUCCUAUCCGUCUCUACUCACGCUACGUGGAUCAGCUUCAUAUCUUCUUCCGCUUCACAGCUGAUGAGGCCCGUGAUCUCAUUCAACGAUAUCUCACCGAGCAUCCCGAUCCCAACAACGAAAACAUUGUUGGUUAUAACAAUAAGAAGUGCUGGCCUCGAGACGCUCGAAUGCGUUUGAUGAAACACGACGUCAAUCUUGGGCGCGCUGUUUUCUGGGACAUCAAGAACCGUCUGCCUAGAUCUGUUACUACUGUCCAGUGGAAUGAUACCUUUGCCUCGGUCUACUCGAAGGACAACCCUAACUUGUUGUUCAACAUGUGUGGAUUCGAGUGCCGAAUUUUGCCUAAAUGCCGAACCACUUACGAAGAGUUCGUCCACAAAGAUGGCGUCUGGAACUUGCAGAACGAAGUCACCAAGGAGCGAACUGCUCAAUGUUUCUUGAGAGUCGACGAUGAACACAUCACCAAGUUCCACAAUCGAUGCAGAAUGGUCCUCAUGUCUUCUGGUCAGACCACCUUCACCAAAAUUAUCAACAAGUGGAACACUGCUCUCAUCGGUUUGAUGACCUAUUUCCGAGAAGCUGUCGUCAAUACCCAAGAACUUCUUGAUCUUUUGGUCAAAUGCGAGUCAAAAGUCCAAACUCGAGUCAAGAUCGGUCUCAACUCAAAGAUGCCUUCGCGAUUCCCUCCGGUCGUCUUUUACACACCGAAGGAGUUGGGUGGUCUCGGUAUGUUGUCGAUGGGUCACGUUUUGAUUCCACAGUCCGAUUUGCGAUGGUCAAUGCAGACUGACAUCGGUAUCAGCCAUUUCCGAUCUGGUUUGUCGCAUGAAGAAGAUCAGCUCAUUCCCAACUUGUAUCGAUACAUCAUUCCUUGGGAAUCAGAGUUCAUUGAUUCACAGCGAGUCUGGGCCGAGUACGCACUCAAACGACAAGAAGCGAACGCUCAGAAUAGACGACUUACUCUUGAGGAUCUUGAAGACUCCUGGGAUCGAGGUAUUCCUCGAAUCAACACACUUUUCCAGAAAGAUCGUCACACACUCGCUUACGAUAAAGGAUGGCGAAUUCGAACUGACUUCAAGCAGUACCAGCUGCUCAAGCUGAAUCCAUUCUGGUGGACUCAUCAGCGUCACGAUGGUAAACUCUGGAACUUGAACAACUACCGAACUGAUAUGAUCCAGGCUCUUGGUGGUGUUGAAGGUAUUCUUGAGCACACACUCUUCCGAGGAACAUAUUUCCCAACUUGGGAGGGUCUUUUCUGGGAGAAGGCUUCUGGUUUCGAAGAGUCCAUGAAGUACAAGAAGCUUACCAACGCCCAGAGAUCCGGUUUGAAUCAGAUUCCCAAUCGUCGAUUCACUCUUUGGUGGUCACCAACCAUUAACCGAGCGAACGUCUACGUUGGUUUCCAGGUCCAGCUCGAUCUUACCGGUAUCUUUAUGCACGGUAAAAUUCCCACGCUCAAGAUCUCCCUUAUCCAGAUCUUCCGAGCUCAUUUGUGGCAGAAGAUCCACGAAUCUGUCGUCAUGGAUAUGUGCCAGGUUUACGAUCAGGAAAUGGAUGCCCUUGAGAUCGAAACUGUCCAGAAAGAAACCAUCCAUCCGAGAAAAUCGUACAAGAUGAACUCAUCUUGUGCCGAUAUUCUCCUUUUCGCCGCUUACAAAUGGAACGUUUCUCGACCAUCUCUUCUGGCUGACACUGACGACCUGAUGGACAACACCACUACGCAAAAGUACUGGGUUGAUGUUCAGCUCCGUUGGGGUGACUACGAUUCUCACGAUGUCGAGCGUUACGCGCGAGCAAAAUUCUUGGACUACACUACCGACAACAUGUCCAUCUAUCCUUCACCAACUGGUCUUCUCAUUGCCAUCGAUCUUGCAUACAACCACCACUCUGCCUAUGGCCAUUGGUUCCCUGGUUGUAAACCCCUUGUCCAGCAAGCUAUGGCCAAGAUCAUGAAAGCCAACCCAGCUAUGUAUGUCCUGCGUGAACGAAUCCGAAAGGGUCUUCAGCUUUACUCAUCCGAGCCUACCGAGCCAUAUCUUUCCUCCCAAAACUAUGGUGAACUAUUCUCCAACCAGAUCAUCUGGUUCGUCGAUGAUACCAACGUCUACCGAGUCACCAUCCACAAGACCUUUGAAGGUAACUUGACAACGAAACCUAUCAAUGGCGCGAUCUUCAUUUUCAACCCCCGAACUGGACAGCUCUUCCUCAAGAUUAUCCACACAUCCGUAUGGGCCGGACAGAAACGUCUUGGUCAGUUGGCCAAGUGGAAGACCGCUGAAGAAGUCGCAGCGCUUAUCAGAUCUCUUCCAGUGGAAGAACAGCCUAAGCAAAUCAUUGUCACUCGAAAGGGUAUGUUGGAUCCCCUCGAAGUCCAUCUUCUCGACUUCCCGAAUAUUGUCAUCAAGGGAUCAGAACUCCAGCUGCCCUUCCAGGCUUGCUUGAAGGUCGAAAAACUCGGUGAUUUGAUUCUCAAGGCGACCGAACCGCAGAUGUGCUUGUACAACCUGUACGACGAUUGGCUCAAGGAAAUCUCCUCCUUCACCGCCUUCUCUCGUUUGGUCCUCAUUCUUCGUGCCUUGCACGUCAAUAACGACCGAACCAAGGUCCUCCUCAAGCCCGAAAAGACCACCCUUACCGAGCCACAUCACAUUUGGCCGAGCUUAGACGCCGACCAGUGGGUCAAGGUCGAAGUUACCCUCAAGGACAUGAUUCUGGCCGAUUACGGAAAGAAGAACAACGUCAAUGUUGCUUCAUUGACUCAGUCCGAGAUUCGAGACAUCAUUCUUGGUAUGGAGAUCUCUGCUCCAUCACAGCAGCGUCAGCAGAUCCAAGAGAUUGAGCAGCAGGCUCAAGAUCAGUCGCAACUUACGGCGACUCAGACAAAGACGGUCAACAAGCAUGGAGAUGAAAUGAUUACAACAACGACAUCCAACUACGAAAGACAAACGUUCUCGUCGAAAACCGAAUGGCGGGUUCGCGCUAUUUCUGCGACGAACUUGCACUUGCGAACGAAUCACAUUUAUGUAUCGUCGGAUGAUAUCAAGGAGACAGGGUACACAUAUAUUCUGCCGAAGAACGUCCUCAAAAAAUUCAUUUGCAUUUCUGAUUUGAGAUCGCAGAUCGCCGGCUAUAUGUUUGGUAUUUCGCCUCCUGACAAUCCACAGGUGAAAGAAAUCCGAUGCAUUGUGUUAGUGCCACAGUGGGGAACUCACGCCCAAGUUCACCUUCCAUCUCAACUGCCAAAACACGAGUUCUUAGAAGAGAUGGAACCUCUUGGCUGGCUUCACACGCAGCCAAACGAGUCUCCCCAAUUGUCCGCUCAGGAUAUCACAACGCAUGCUAAAAUUAUGGCUGACAAUCCAGAAUGGGACGGCGAAAAGACGAUUGUAAUCACGUGCUCAUUCACACCGGGAAGUUGCUCGCUGACUGCGUACAAGCUCACUCCUGGUGGUUACGAAUGGGGCCGGCAGAACAAUGAUAAGGGUUCGAAUCCUAAAGGAUAUCUCCCGUCCCACUAUGAAAAGGUCCAAAUGUUGUUGUCGGACAAGUUCCUCGGCUUUUUCAUGGUCCCUUCGCAGGGAUCGUGGAAUUAUAACUUUAUCGGCGCUCGUCACGAUGUGAAUAUGAAGUACGAGCUGCAGCUAGCCAACCCGAAAGAAUUCUAUCAUGAGAUUCACAGGCCGCAGCAUUUCCUCAACUUCACAUCAUUCGAAGACGGUGGCGACGGCCCAGCUGGUGCCGACAUUGAGGACAUGUACCAAUAA